CAGAGCGGGGAGUCGUAACACAGGAAGUUCAUUACUAUUAUUAGCCAGACAGAUUGAAAACCUAACUUUAGUUGUUUAUGAUAUAUACGCAGACGUUUUGUUCUGAUUAGCAACUGUUAACGAAACUGUACUCUUGUCAGACUAGUACGUUAUUAGUUAGCUGUGCCCGUCAUGCGAGUCGUUCGAUGCUUUGUUUGUUUUCUGGUAAAUGGUUGCUAUGUUAGCUAGCUAAUGUUAGCUAACCAGUCCGAUCAUUCACUGCCCAGCAUCAUGUGCAUCUGCUGUUUUGUAACGUUUUACAUUUGAUUUAUUUAUUUUGGUCUUCGCUGACAACAUUUAUCAUCGGAUAUCCACUUGUACUUCAAAUCACAAGGUCUUCUAUCAGUAUUAGUACUGAUCAUCAUGUCCAUCGACUUUGAUAGUGCUGCUCUGCAAACUCAACAUGAAGAGGAGGAAUACGACCCAGAGGACUAUGCCCGAGAGCAAGAGCUCCACAAGCUGCUCACUGACCUGCCCGAUGACAUGCUGGAGGACAGCAGAGACUCCUCCUCUCCUGAGCUGGACUGCUCUGCCUGCAGCAACCCAGACACACGGAACAGAUCACAACAGCCUACGUGGACUCACCAACAAACUGAAUGGUCCGAUCACCAAACACCUGCCUCACGUGAAGAAAACUAUGAGAAGGACUAUGACCACGGCUCCUACCAUGAAGAGUACCCCUACGAGGAGGCUGCUGUCGUUGGGCAGAUCAACGGCCAUGCCAACCAUGCCAGUCUCCCCCAACAGGGUCACCCCCAGGCCUGGAGCCAGCAAGGACUGACUGAGUACCAGCAUGAAGAGCAGCACUAUGGCCAUGGUGAGGGUUGCACAUACACCAGCGUAGGUACUGAGCAGUCUGCAGCAGCCGGCCCUGAUUUCUCCACGGAGGAAGGGGUGUAUGGAGAUGAGCUGUACCCACGUGGGGCUGUUCUCCCUGGGGUGGAGUACCAGAGAGUAGUGGGGGGCCAUGAGGACGAACAGAACUACGCUGGUGAGGAUCAGAACAGCAGGAAACAUGUCCAAAAGUUUGACAGUGUGGGAUCAGGAGACCGUUAUAAGGCCAACUACAACCCCUACCAGCCUGCCAUUCAGCCCAAGAUGUUCAACUCCGAGGUCCCCCACCAGCAGCUUGACGACCACUAUGACCAGCUGCAGAGAGACUUCCUGGACUCGGCACAGAGUACUGCAGACACUCAGCAGCUAGCCCAACUCCAGAUCCUCAACAAGGCCCAGCUGAGACAGAUCGAAGACCUGGAGCAGAAACUGGAGGAUUCAAGACGCAAUAUGAGAUACUUGGAGCAUCAGUUUGCCAUCAUGAGAGAUGAGAAGGAGGGUCUGGCUGUGAGUCUGAAGGAGUCCUGCAGAGUGAUGGAGGAGGCCAAGGAGAGAGAGGUGUUGCUGCAGACUAGCGUUACGUCUCUGGAGCUGCAGGUUCAGGCUCUUACUGACCGAGAUCAUGAGAACACCAAGAAGCAGCGUGUGGCGGAGGCAGCGGUGGACAGCAUGCAGCAGCAGAUGACAGAACUGUGUCGGUCAGACAGUCUGUCGAGACUCCGAGAGCAACACGACAGAGACCUAACCGUGGUCAGAGAGCAGCACGACGCCAAGCUGCUGGUGUUACAGCAGAGACUGGACACCUGCGAUCAGGCCCUGGAAGAACAGGCGGAGGUGGUCCAGGGUCUGCGUGAUCAGGUGAGGCAGCAGGACAGACGGAGAGAGGAGGAGCAGGUGGAGAGAGCAGGAGUCAUCAACACUCUCACACAGCGCCUACAGGAGAGCCAGCAGCAGUGUGCCAAACUGCUACAGACUGGUUCAGUCCAGGAGAUGGGCCAGCUGCAACUGAAACUACAACAGACUCAGUCAGCCAAGACCAUGAGUGACAACAUGAACAAAGCCUUGCAGGAGGAGUUGUCUGAGCUGAAGGAGCAGAUCUGUCUGUAUGAGUCUGUUGUGAAACAUGGAGUCCUCUCUGUUGAGGUGACCGGAGGAGAUAUCUGGGAGAACCAGCUGUCUGACUCCUAUGUAGACCUGGGGAUCAAGAAGACUCGCUGUGAGAACGGACAAAUUCACAGCACUCCUCUGUUGGGAGUGUCUGAGCCCAACCCAAAGCUGCCCAGAGAGAAGGAGGACGUGGCUGUGAAGGAGCUCCGGGCAGAGUUACAGCGCUGUCUGGCCAGUCUGAAGGGAAAGAGGCAGAGGAUCAGUCAGUUGCAGGACCAUCUACGGGACUCACAGGGACAGGUGAACGAGCUACAGACCCAGCUUCAGACCCAGCUACAGUCCCAGCUAGACCAGGAACAGACCAGAGACACAGCAGAAACCAGACCAAUGGACCCACAUCCAGAUGUAGCUUCCCAGAAAGAGCUGCAGGAGGACAGGCAGCGCCUACAAGAACGCCUCGAGACGCUGGAGAAGAAGAACGUGGAGCUGAAGCAGAGGGAGGAGAAAGUGAAGGGGGCUAACUCAGAGCUGUGUACCAAGAUGAGAGAGAUGAUUCAGGAACUGGACCAGGAGAAGCAGGAGGCUGCUCAGAGGUAUGAGCGAACCCAGCAGCAGUUCAGAGAUGACGUAGUGAACCGUGUUCGUUCAGAACUCACCCUGGAACACACAGCUCAGAUAGAUGACAUCACGGCACACCACCAGCUGCAAAUACAACAGCUACAAGCCAAGCUGUGUGAGGUGAAUGGAGAGAUGGUGGCAGUGCAGGAGUGCUACAUCUCACUCUGCAAGGACAAAGACCGGCUGGAGGAAAACCUGCAGGGAAGAAUGGAGGAGGAGAAGAAGAAGAGGGACAAUGAGCUGAAAACUCUCGACGAGAGCAGGGCUGCUCUGGAGAAGCUGAGAUCAGACCUGGAGAGCCAGCAUCAGGAGAAUGUCAACAAGCUCAGAGCCCUGUGGUCUGAAGAGAAGGACAAGGAGCUCAGACAAGAGCUCCAAACCCAGCUGACCAAGGCCAAAGCAACAUGGACUGAGGAGAAGGAGGAGAUGGACAGGUCCUGGACUCAGAGGCUGGAGGCAGCCGUAGCAGACGCCAGAGGACCGAGACCCACAGAUACCCAGGAGUCUCAGACGGACCUAACUGAGGAGAGGAAGGCCUGUCGGACACCUAGCUCUGAGAGGACCGAGACUGCUCCAGGCUGCACUAUGGAGGAGCUGGACACCAGGCUCCGGGAACAGAGGCUCCAGCUGCAGCGAGAGGCAGACACGGCACGACGCAGAGCAGUGGAGGAUGCUGGGAAACGAAUCCAGAAAGAACUACAGGAGAAGCACUUGGAGGACAUGUCCAAACAGGUUGAAGGAGCGAUAAGCAGAGCCUACAGCCGCUGGCUCCAGGACCUCCCCACUCUGCCGGAGUAUAAGGCAGCGCUCCAGAGAGAACGAGAGAAGUGGGAGAAAGAACAGGAGAAACAUGUUCAACAACUGGUGUCCCUAGCCCUGAGGGAAGCAGAGGAGAGGCUGAGGAGUUCGGAAGAGGACGAGCAGGGAGGAGCAGGAGGAGACCAGAGGGUUGAGGAGCUCCAAGAGGAGGUGCAGCGUUGGAGGCAGCUGGAGGAGGACCUGAAGACCGAGGUGGAGGAGGUGGCACAUCUGCAGAGCCAGGUGGAUGAUCUGCAAAGCCAGCUUGACCAUGAGAGGGAGGAGAAGGCUGCCCUGCUGAAAGCCGAGCUACUUGCAGCCAGAGCCUCCUGGAACAGAGAGAAGCAGCAGGAGAUCUCCUCCCUGCAGGCUUUCCAGGAGGAGAAGCUGAAACAGGCGCAGAAGGAUGUGCGGGAGGAGGCGAAUGGGGAGGCGGAGCGCCAGAGGAAAGAGCUCCUUUUGCAGACGGAGGCUGAGCUGCAACAGGCUCUGAGGAACCGAGAGGAGGACUGGAAGAGGCAGGAGGAUAGGAGGGGCAAGGAGGAGAGGAGGCAGGGAAGAGCGGAGGAACGUGAGGAGGUGCUCCGGGAGCUUAAGGCUGGGCUGAAGGAGGUGCAGUCUGUGCUCCUCCUCAGAGGAGCCUACAAAGAGAAGGAGGACGGAGGAGAGGUGGAGGGGAGGGGGAGAGCCAGCGGGAGCGUCAGAGAACUCCUCAUGUCAACCUGUAAAGACCUCCUCUUUAAAGCUGUUGCCCAGGCCCAGAAGGAGUUGAAGAAGAUCAGCGAGGAGAGGCUUGGCCAGGUUCUGAAGGAAACUCAGGAGCGUCAUGAGAAAGAACUCAACCAGAUUCAUAGCUCCGCUGCUCAGAAGACGGAAGAGGGUGGUUGUGGGAAGCGGUGUGCUGAGACCGUGUCCGAGCUGCAGAAGAGGAGUCGGGACCUCCAGAGGCAUCUCGAGAAGGCCUGCCGACAGCUACAGAUGACCGUCAAAGACCACAAGGCCUCAAUGCAGUGCCUCAAAGUUGAGCACGAGGUGGCCCUACGGAAAGAAAAAGAGGACAACCUGCAGAAACUUGAAGAAUUGAAAAGCUCUGCAGCCAAAGAAUCCUCUGGGGGUACAGACAUGGAGCAGAGUCUCCAUGCUGGCCUUGAAGAGAUGAGGGAGCAGUACAUGAAGGCUGUUGAGAAAAUCAGAGGUGACAUGCUACGCUACCUCAAGGAGAGUAAGGAGCGAGCAGCGGAGAUGAUCCGUGUCGAGGUGCUGAGAGAGAGGCAGGACACAGCCAGGAAGAUGAGACGCUACUACCUCACCUGUCUGCAGGAACUUCUAGAGGACGGGGGGCAGGCCACCGGGGCUGAGAAGAAAAUAAUUCAUGCUGCGAGUAAGCUGGCAGCCAUGGCCAAAGUGUUGGAGACCCCUACCAAGAGGAAAACGGGAAAGAGCCACAGCUUACCGGUCUCGUCAUCAAAGACAGAGGCCGCUACUGACAACCAUCCAGGCAACGCGUCAGGUUCUCCUAAUAAAACCCCAUGUCCAGCUAGCCACUUCCCUGAGAUCACCAUGUCCUUUGGUGAUGAGGGGAGGAUCCUGAAGGCCAAGAGGUCCUCUGAGCCCGACUCAAAAACCAUGUCAGCUGCAGCCAACACCACCUGGAAUACUAGGCCUGUGAGUAAACCCACCCACCUGAACCUCCUGACCAAUGGAAAGGAGAAAGGAGCCCCUGCAAACUUGCUUAGGAAACGCCAUGUCUCUUCGGGACUCUUCCUCUCACUUCCUCCUCACAAAUCCUCUCAUCAAAUUGGUCAAACCUCCCUCGACUGUUACCGUGGUGAUUUUACUAACGUUACUCUGAGGACCCAGACCAGCAGGGAGCUGUACCUGCAGGGGGCGGAGUCGGGGAGAUCAGACGAUGACAACUUCCUGUGUCACCGUAGUAACACUAAACCCUUCCUGGUCCAGGAGGAGCUUCCCGUUAGAGAUGAAGGAGGAUCGAGUGAUUGGAGUUUGUCCAGUAAUGGGUCCCAAGAUGGCCGCCACGUCCCCGCAGUUUCCUCUCACCCAGGCAGAAAAAUGGAAACUGUGAAACCGUUCCCUUUGCGUGGACCUUCUUCAGCUGAUGACCACACCACUGACAACUCUGACGUGACAGUUUACAAAGACUUUGUCAAUGUUCAGUUUUGCGCCAAAGCCUCGACUUUCCCCAGUGUCCCGCCUCAGACCAUAGCUUUAACUCAGUCCGUCCCAAGUAUGAAGACUGGUAGUAGUAGAUCAAGUCACAGAGAGCCUGUCCCUGGCUCUGAGGGGGACUGGCAGAAUCAGAACCAGUUCCAGAACCGGCUGUGUUCUAAGAGUCUGUUCUCUGAGCUGAAGCGGAGUCAACAGCAGGACGGUGGUUUUGACGGUCCAUUCUCUCAUCGACAAUAAGAGCGAACAGUCCUAAGACUCUGCAUGACACUGUUCUUAUAAAGGGCGGUAAAUGGAGCUAGUGGAGAUUUCAGUGAGUCUUGAAUUUUAGUAUUUUGGUUCAGUUUUACAUUUACAUUAACAUGUGAGUCAUUUAGCAGACGCUCUGAUCCAGAGUGACUUUUACAGGAGCAGUUAGGUUUAAGUGACUUGCUCAAGAGCACAUCGACAGAUUUUUCACCUCGGCGGCUCGGCGAUUCGAACGGUCUUAAGCGCUAGGCUACCAACCGCCCCACGCGAUAUUAUGUGGGAAAUGACUGGGGUCAUCGUUACGCCGGGGUCGUCGUUACGCCGGGGUCGUCGUUACGCCGGGGUCGUCGUUACUCCUGGGUCGUCGUUACGCCUGGGUCGUCGUUACGCCGGGGUCGUCGUUACGGCGCGGCCAUCAUUACGCCGCGGUAAUUCUAAAUUGCCACAAACGUGUACAAGUAAACCUCGUGUUCAUGUGUGUUAGGACCAAUAACUAUCUUAGGUUGUGGUGUGCAGUGAAUGUGCCUUCCAGAACGGAUGAAUACGUAGUAGGAUACAAGCCUGGUGUGAUCUGGCUUCGUUCUAGUCAAUGAUUUCCACGUUUCUAAAAUGUUCCAUUUCUUCCGUCUGUGUGUCUGGAUGGAUUUUUAUCUGUACUGAAGGAUUUUUUUAAAAAUUGUGUUUUUCUAAAUUAAACUAUUUUUUUAUAUCAAGGUUGUGAGAUAUGCUGUGCAUGUAACAAAAUAGUUCUUUAUAAUAUAAAUGAUGUUGCUUUAAUGUAAUUUAUAACUUUUAGUUUAGAUCUUACUGAUGUGGACUGUAAUAAAAAGGGUUCUAUUAACUCGGCAA